GGGAGGAGGAGGUCUGUCAGUCUCGCGCGUUGCCUGGGCGAAGGGGGCGGAGCUUUGGCGUGGAGCGGCCAAUAGUGGGGGUGGCUGCGUGGGUCGCCAUGGGGACGGGGCUGUUCCCGAGGAGGCUGUGAUGGGUUGACAGGUGCGUGACAGUGGGAGCUGCUCUCGGCACAAGCAUGUACGGCAAAGGCAAGAGUAACAGCAGCGCCGUCCCGUCCGACAGCCAGGCCCGGGAGAAAUUUUGCCCAUGGAACCAACUUCCUUGGAGUCAGUUGAAUAAUCUUGGAUUGGUAGGACCAGUUUUUCCCCAAAGGUUAGCACUCUACGUAUAUGAAUAUCUGCUCCAUGUAGGAGCUCAGAAAUCGGCCCAAACAUUUUUAUCAGAGAUAAGAUGGGAAAAAAACAUCACGUUGGGGGAGCCACCAGGAUUCUUACAUUCUUGGUGGUGUGUAUUUUGGGAUCUCUACUGUGCAGCUCCAGAAAGACGGGAAACAUGUGAACAUUCAAGUGAAGCAAAAGCCUUCCAUGAUUAUAGUGCUGCAGCAGCUCCCAGUCCAGUGCUAGGAAACAUUCCCCCAGGAGAUGGCAUGCCAGUAGGUCCUGUACCACCAGGGUUCUUUCAGCCUUUUAUGUCACCUCGGUACCCUGGAGGUCCAAGGCCCCCAUUGAGGAUACCUAACCAGGCACUUGGAGGUGUCCCAGGAAGUCAGCCAUUACUUCCCAGUGGAAUGGACCCAACUCGACAACAAGGACAUCCAAAUAUGGGUGGGCCAAUGCAGAGAAUGACUCCUCCAAGAGGAAUGGUGCCCUUAGGACCACAGAACUAUGGAGGUGCAAUGAGACCCCCACUGAAUGCUUUAGGUGGCCCUGGAAUGCCCGGAAUGAACAUGGGUCCAGGUGGUGGCAGACCUUGGCCAAACCCAACAAAUGCCAAUUCAAUACCAUACUCCUCAGCAUCUCCUGGGAAUUAUGUAGGUCCUCCGGGAGGUGGAGGGCCACCAGGAACACCCAUCAUGCCUAGUCCAGCAGAUUCAACCAACUCUGGAGACAACAUGUAUACUUUAAUGAACGCAGUACCUCCUGGACCUAACAGGCCUAAUUUUCCAAUGGGCCCUGGUUCCGAUGGACCCAUGGGUGGAUUGGGAGGAAUGGAGUCACAUCACAUGAAUGGCUCUUUAGGCUCGGGAGAUAUGGACAGUAUUUCCAAGAACUCUCCCAAUAAUAUGAGCCUGAGUAAUCAACCGGGCACUCCAAGGGAUGAUAGCGAAAUGGGGGGAAAUUUCUUAAAUCCUUUUCAGAGUGAGAGUUAUUCCCCUAGCAUGACAAUGAGUGUGUGAUCCAUUACCAAGUCUCCUCAUGAAAACCACAGUGAGUCAGCCCUUCACAGAACUACUAGGGAAGAAAAUUAUUCAUCACAGUGUACAGUUAAACAAAGGAAUCUCAGUCACACCAAACCAACCUUUUUAUUUCCUGCUCUCUCCCCUAUUUUGUGAAGAAAGCGGGUCCAAAUGUGAUUCAAACAACUGUACGGAGCGGCAUAUUAGAAUUGCCCUAAAAUGAACUGCAAAUAAUUAUCUGUGUAUGUAUAUGUGUGGGAAAGAGGAUGUAUUGUAUAUGUGUAUGUUAUAUGGACAUAUACACAUGCAUACAUUGGCCCACAGGACAUUGUAAAAUACUAUCACAAUGACAUCUUAAGUAGAAAUGAGUAGGGACUUUUAUUCCAUCCUUUUUUUUUUUCACGUUUACAUUUUAAUUAUUAAAAGUUGCUCCUGCCCCUCCCUGAACUAUUUUGUGCUGUGUAUAUCACUGCUUUAUAUAAGUUAUUUUUUAAGGUGAACUCAGAUGUUAUGGUUUUGUAAAUGUCUGCAAUCAUGGAUAGGAAUAAAAUCGCUUAUUUGA